AAGCUGGCGAGGUCGAGCCCCGCCUAGUGCUUCCUGACUUUGCUCCCUGAACACUCGGAGGUGGCGGUGGAUCUGACUCCUUCCAGCCAGUGAGGAUCCAGCAACCUGUUCCGUGCCUCCCGCGCCUGUUGGUUGGAAGUGACGACCUUGAAGAUCCGCCGGUUGGAAUUGACGACCUUGAAGAUCGGCGGGCGCAGCGGGGCCGAGGGGGCGGGUCUGGCGCUAGGUCCCGCCCCUGCGUGCCGGGAACCCCAGAGGAGGUCGCAGUUCAGCCCAGCUGAGGCCUGUUUGCAGAAUCCACACCAACCAGCAUCAUGUCCAUGACACUGGGGUACUGGGACAUCCGCGGGCUGGCCCAUGCCAUCCGCCUGCUCCUGGAAUACACAGACUCAAGCUACGAGGAAAAGAAGUACACGAUGGGGGACGCUCCUGACUAUGACAGAAGCCAGUGGCUGAAUGAAAAAUUCAAGCUGGGCCUGGACUUUCCCAAUCUGCCCUACUUGAUUGAUGGGGCUCACAAGAUCACCCAGAGCAACGCCAUCCUGCGCUACAUUGCCCGCAAGCACAAUCUGUGUGGGGAGACAGAAGAGGAGAAGAUUCGUGUGGACAUUUUGGAGAACCAGGCUAUGGACGUCUCCAAUCAGCUGGCCAGAGUCUGCUACAGCCCUGACUUUGAGAAACUGAAGCCAGAAUACUUGGAGGGACUUCCUACAAUGGUGCAGCACUUCUCACAGUUCCUGGGGAAGAGGCCAUGGUUUGUUGGAGACAAGAUCACCUUUGUAGAUUUCCUUGCCUAUGAUGUCCUUGACCUCCACCGUAUAUUUGAGCCCAAGUGCUUGGACGCCUUUCCAAAUCUGAAGGACUUCAUCUCCCGCUUUGAGGGCUUGGAGAAGAUCUCUGCCUACAUGAAGUCCAGCCGCUUCCUCCCAAAACCUCUGUACACAAGGGUGGCUGUCUGGGGCAACAAGUAAUGCCUUGAAGGCCAGGAGGUGGGAAUGAGGAGCCCAUACUCAGCCUGCUGCCCAGACUGUGCAGCUCAGCUGGACUCUGCAUCCCAGCACCUGCCUCCUCGUUCCUUUCUCCUGUUUAUUCCCAUCUUUACCCCCAAGACUUCAUUGUCCCUCUUCACUUCCCCUAAAUCCCUGUCCCAUGCAGGCCCUUUGAAGCCUCAGCUACCCACUUACCUUCAUGAACAUUCCCCUCCCAACAUUACCCUUCCCUGCACUAAAGCCAGCCUGACCUUCCUUCCUGUUAGUGGUUGUGUCUGCUUUGAAGGGCCUGCCUGGCCCCUUGCCUGUAGAGCUCAGCCCCGAGCUGUCCCCGUGUUGCAUGAAAGAGCAGCAUUGACUGGUUUACAGGCCCUGCUCCUGCAGCAUGGCCCCUGCCUUAGGCCUACCUGAUCAAAAUAAAGCCUCAGCCACA